GUCUGAUCACAGGAAGUUACAAACAGAGGACGGCUGAUGAUGUUCAGAUGGACAGUCACUAUAAAUAACAGAAAGAGGAAGAGUGACGGAGACGGACUGAUGACAAUCAUACAGACAUGCUGGGACUGAUGAUUCUCUGCUCACUGCUCACAGGUGCCAGUGGACGCACAUAUCUCCAUGUGUUCAGCAGUGAUGGUGAGAACGUCAAUCUGCCCUGUAAUAAUGAUCUUACUGACUGUACAUCAACUUCAUGGGCAUAUAGUGGAGGAAGUUCAGUGGCAGAUCUAUUAGUUGAAAAGGGGAUAAAGAAUAAUGACAUAAAGAGACGUGAGAGACUGAGUCUGGGGUCUGACUGCUCUCUGAACAUCUAUAAAGUCACAACUGAAGAUCAUGGAGUUUACAGCUGCAGACAAUAUGAGAAAACAGAGACAUUUACUGAUACCGAUGUUCAUCUGAAUGUUCUUCAUGUCUCUCCAUCAUCCACACAGACUGAGAUUAGACCUGGCAGAUCUUUCACUCUCUCCUGUCAGUUAUAUAUACAUUAUGGAUAUUCUUGUUUUAACUUCUUCAUUUCUGAGAGAAUUGAGAUGGUCUGGGUGAAUAAGACUGGUGUGAAUCUGCGAUCAGACUCCAGAUAUCAGAUCUCAUCCUCUCCUCAUCACUGUAUCAGCACUCUGACUACAACACUCCUCCAUGAAGAUGACAACACUGAGUGGACAUGUCAGGUUACUAAAGGAAAUAAACUCGAGACCUCAGUCAGAUAUACUGUCACAUACUCGGACGCCUCAACUCCAGCAACAGAAACAGCAACUCCAGGGAUUCCUGCUGUAACUGCUGCUCUAGCGGCUCUUCUUCCUCUCAUCGCUCUUAUCGCUCUCAUCGCUCUCUGGUUGAUCUGUAGAAAAAGAGCCGGGGCAGAUAAGAAGGCCGAUCCUGCAGAGGUGAUCAGCAGUUUGACCCCGGUGACCCCGGUGACCCCUGCUCCUCGUCCUCCUCCUGAUGAUGCUCAUGUGAGGACAGAAGAUGUGGCUUAUGCUGAGGUCAUUAUUUCCACAAACAAGUUUACUGAAAGACACACUGUUCAGUCUGAUGAUAAAGUGACGUACGCUGCGAUCAGGAGCUGAACUCCAGAAUGAAGGACUGAAGAACUGCUGAUCCCCGUCUGAUCGAGAAUCAGCUUAAAUUAAUAAACAACAACUUAUAGAAUCAUUUUCAGACUUAAAAUAAGACUUGAACAGUCACAGUGAUGUGAAAAGUGAAGUUAAUAAACGUAAUUUUGGGAGGAGUAUGCUCAUCUAAUCUUCCAAUUAAUACCAAGGUAUAAAACCAGCAUCUUACCUCUUCCUGUUGUUAGUUCUUUUGGCAUCCCUCCUCCUCCCAUUCUCCUCCUUUUGUACUAAUUUUGCCUGUUAUAGGGGGGCAAUCGGAGCUCGAGUAGGAUAUUCUUUCCGAGCCCCUCUAUAGCAGACAGCAAGCCAAAUCUGUUUACCGCUUACGCUAAGAUUUUAUGGGCACACGAACUCGUGUUCGUAUGAAAGAUCAGUUUAACCAUGUAUACAAGUAAUUCCCAGUAUUUAUUGAAAUAAAGUUUGUCAUUGAAUAUGUAGAAUUUAUUAUGCUUAUGUAAAAAUAGGCCUAUAUCAACUUAUAUGUGUGGAUUUUUGACUUUUCUAAUAAAAAAAAGCAUGCGUGUCUGUGAA